UAUGCUAUUAUGUCGUUUAAAUUGGUGACUUGCAAAGUUCCAUUUGUUUCCAUAAUGCUGUGGAAUUUGCUGAGUUUGAUUGCUUUUGCUGUCAGCCAGUGGCAUCUUUCUGGCCAUUUCUGGCUCAUCUACGACAUCACCUCCUCGCUUUGGAAUUGAAAUUAUGACACUGAACCAUUCUGUAAAUUGUGGUAUGCAGGUAAGAUGCAUUUUCAGGUUGUAGACAUAGCUUACAAAUUACAGUCACUGCACACUGUAGUGUUAAAAACGGGCCCAGUAAUAAUAACUAACUCACAAUUGUGCCGAAUGAAGGCAAGUUAUCAAGGUUUAAUAUAGUUGGGGAGGAAUGACUCAUGCUAGACAUCAAAGUGUGUCACUGGAACAUGUUUUAGCCAAAGUUCAGUUCUGCCUCGUUCUCAGUCUUCUCAUGUUUUCAACAAUAUAAUUCCGUCUAUUACGUAUUUAGAAACAAAUUGCUGAAUUCACUUUACAGGGUCUUCAAUGAUAGUAUUGAACAUACAGUAUACAGAGUACAGACAACUGAUAUUUUAUUACAUUGUACUUAAUUGAUUUUUUUUUUAACCCUGUGAAGAGAAAGUGUUUGUAUUCAGAAAUGACUGGAAAAUAGAGUAAGAAGAGGGGGAAGAACAAGUGAUUUAAAGAGGCUGGGAGCAUAUGUGACGGAGGGUGGGAGGGUUGGAGAAAAAGAAGGGGGGAGAGGGAGGACAAGCGGGUGGGUGCUGUGAAAUCUGUUAACAGGGAAGCUCUGUGUGUUUGCUGGCUGGCUUGGCUGCCUGCCCAACUUGGCUCAUUGUGAUCGAGGCAUGAUAGUGGACUCCAGGCAGCCCCCGCCGCCGCCUCGGCUGCCUCGCGUCUGGCCGCAGCCGCACUAUCCACGCUGACAUGGAAAGACCUACCCAUUCCAACCCAAAGCCCAGAAGGGAUCACGAGAAAGACCUAGAGCUGGACAAGAAGAUUGAGGCUCUCCGCAGGAAGAAUGAGGCACUCAUGAAGAGAUACAAGGAGGUGGAAGAGGACAAAAAAAGAGCAGAGGAAGAAGGAAUGUCCCUGCAGAGCCGGAAGGGCAAAGCUGAUGAUCUUACGAUCACAGUGAACAAGUCCACCUGUGACAGUCGCGUGGUGGUGACCAAGACCAUUAACAGUGGCUCACUUUCUGGGAAAGGACUAGAGAAAUUUGGAGCAGGCCUAGGGGAGGAAGUUGCGAUGCAGGCUUCUGGCAGGGUAGGCAGAGGGCACAAGAAGCAGCUAAUUGUCACCAUGGCAGGUAAAAAGGGUAAGAGAGUGGUGUGUGAAAGGCCUGAGAAGAGGCAAGACCCCAAAUAUCUGUCAGAUGCGAAGAGCCCCACUGACAUGGUACAAACUGGCAUUGUGGAGGCGGCGGGGGCAGGGAAACAAGCACAUUUCAAGACCAAGUUGGACAUUACGGCACAGGAUUUGGAAAUCACAGACCUUAACGUCCCCACAUCAAAGGAGGAGCAGGAGGAGUACCUGCAGUGGAAAAAGGAGCGCGAGAAAAUUGACAAGGAGAGAGUGGCGCGUCACAAAAACGCCAAGGGACAGUGGAGGCGGGCGUGGGACGUAAACAAAACAGAGAACAUGUUUUUAGACAAAUCCCUUCCUGACAGAGUUUGGGUCCCACCAAGUAGAGGAGGACCAAGUGGCAGAAGAGGACAACAUAGGUCUGGUGCUGACACGCGAGGUCAUGAGAAGCGAGGCAAAGACAAGUCAACUAGAAACGUGCAAGUAAUGAGCAGCAACGCAAAAGGCAAAGAUCGCCUGACUGGGAGGGCCAGAAGAUGGCAAGCUCAAGAAGAAGAAGAUAACCUACAGACUUCAGAUACACCAUUGGAGGAAUUCUUGGUGGAACUUGAUACACUUGCAGAUGCUGAGGCAGAACGGCAGCAAGAUCAGGACUCAGAAACAAAGCCGUUGCCCAGUCCAGAUGUUUUAAACACUUGUGAGGAAGUGAGGGGAUCCGAAGGCACUUCGACUACCUUGAGAGCCGACAUUUCAGUGCAGGAGAAAGCAGACAGCUCAUCCUUGAGGGCUUCAGAGAAGAAAGUGCGAUUCUCACAGGAACUCAUCCAGGGGGCUCGCGCAAAGCAAAUCACAGGCUCUCAGGAUUCCGCCAAGUCAGAAUCAAGUCCAAUAUUCUUCUUAAAAGCUUCCUCGCAGAAGAAAAUCCGACAUGAAGUGCCGCGGCAGCAUCAGGAACAUGCCACGGAGGAUAAAGAGAGUCAUUGCCGGCAGCAGCAGGCUUCUGAAAGUAAAUGUACUAAAAAAGACAUCAGCGUCCCCGCAGCGGUCUGUUGCCCCCCUGCUGAUAAGGCCUGUGCUUCGUUACUAGAAAGCGCCGGCCACCCUGUGGAGCUUGCCACAACUAACACCAACUCAGCGGAGCCUGUUGACUUGUGUCUAUGCGUCUUGAGCCUGGAAUCGGCCGAGUCAAACCCAGAACACUUAAGCUGCAGCGACAAGGCAAGAGAGGACGGGAAGAUUGUUUAACAUGCAAAUACUGAAAGACUCGAACGUGGACGCUCGAUGGGGAUGUGGCUCCAAGCCUUGCAGCGUGUAGCAUCUGUUUGAUCCAACAUUCAGGUGUUUCAGAGUACUGCUGCGUCCGAACACUUUAUGCGUACAAAAGCACAUCAUUUUCUCGUGUGCAUCUUGAGUGCAAUCUCUCAGAAUGUUUACAUGUUGUUCUGCGCAGGCUGUAAGGUACGUUAGCGUAAUAUACUGGAGGUUGGCCUUGAAAAGAAACCUUCUGACAUAGACUAUUAGUUUCGUGCUUGAGUCUGCCCUUGGGCUAAUCCCAAUAAUAAUAAUAACAAUUCUGUAGUGUUGAAAAAAGAAGUUUGAAUAGGUAGAAUCCACAAUUGUCGACCCAAACAGCGUAAGCAGCUAUGAGCUGUUGCCUCCAGCAUUAGUCGAUGGCCUUAAAUACAAGUAACUCAUGUGUUCAUACACAUUCAUUGUUAGGUAUUUAUUUUCAAGUAAUAGAGUAGAUUUAAUAACUACUGUAAACUCCAUUUAUGCGUUUGCUAUGGACAGUACGAACAGAGGGCAUUUUGCAAGCACUGCUUGGAUGCACAUCGUAAAAAUGAUUUUCCCAUAUACAUUUGAUAUCGAUUUCCACAUGCUGAAGGGCGUACUCAUGCCAUUAUGUGUCUUUAAACUUAAACAUGUAAGACUCAGCUUGACAAAAUGAAAUGUUCCCAAGUUUCAAAUGCAAAACUGACAUGUUGACAUAGUCAAGAACAGAACCUGGUUUCAAAUCUACGCUCACUUUCCACAUGUAAUAUUUUAUUGCACUUGAUGAGAAAUUGAACUUUGCACAUUUGGGGGUUUGACAGGAGGGAUGUGAACAAUCUCAGUCAUGCCUUCAAAACUAUGAUUUUUUUUUGCACUUAUGGUUUGUUUCUAUUCCAUUUGAACAGACAGUGUGUGGAUAAGUCAGUUGUCCGACUGUUGAUUUGCCCGCCGAGGCCUUGAGGCACAUCUGGGAGGGAAUCACUUGAGACGUUGAAAAUAAAUCAAGCAUGGGCUUUGUCAGUAGUUAAAAGACAGAGAUUUAACUGCAGCUGCCCUUUCAUCCUGUUUUCUUAGCCCGUCGCAGGAGGCGAGGGGGAACAAGUCAUAUUUGACAAGCAUCCUGAGACUUGUUGUGCCUUGUAUUUCACAUUUGUCAAAUAUAAUUGACACAGUGUAUCCAUCAGCCCAGACUUGCUCUUGUAUUUCGAGUUUUUUCACGGAUGCGUAUGUGUGUGUGUGUUUUAUGUUCCAAUUCAACUGUGAGUCAAAAUUACGAUACACAGCCUUUUCUUGUGUCCAGAUUUUGGCAGAAUGCUGUAGUAUCGUAAAAAAUGUUACGUAACCACAAAUACAGUGGUUGACUGACAUGCUGCAGGGUUCUUACAGCUUCAACUGUGGUUACAUAAAAAAGGGUCGUUGGGUGGAGGGGGAUCAACGAGUUAUAGGAACGCACUGGGGUAGAACACAUUUAUGGCCUGUGUAACAAUAAAGAAAAUAAUCUUUACGUCUUGUUCUAAUUUGAUAGAGGACAGUUGACCAUAUUGACCUUAUGUUUGGUUCCAUUUUAGAGGUUAGAGGUUAAUAAUAUUUAUUUUUAGCAUUUUUUUUUCAAAAUUUUGUAUGUAGAUAUUAUCAUAACGCCUCAAAUGACACAUUAAAAAAAUGGCUGUGGCUCUCCAGGCGCGUCCUUAAUGUUUGCUCGUUAUUCGAAAGUGUAUGUGUUUGCUUGCAGACUUGAAAGAACAAUAAAGUGUUUCAGUACUGUAGCUUCUAAUCAUAACCAAUUGUGUAAGUGCAAUAUUACAAUGAAUCUCUGUUCAUUACUUCAAAAAAAUGGAAAAAAAACAAGAAUCAAAGGAGGCAUCACGGUUGACGACUGGUUCGCACAUCUGCCUCACGGUUCUGAGGACCCGGUUUUGAAUCUGGCCUCAUCUGUGUGGAGUUUAUCU